AUGUUACAAAACAAGGAAAGGUCUCCUAGUGAAAGCCUGCCUUCUCAAUUCAAGGCAAAGAUAUUAGAGUGCUUUGGCUAUACAACUGCUCACGGCUACGGAAGGGUGGCCGGUGCAAAUGAAUCGCUGUCUCGAAGGUGGUUUUGGCUGUUAGUGUGCGCCGCAGCCUAUGGUCUUUUCGCUUAUCAGCUUCAUGAUAUCAUUCUUCAGUACAGUGCUAGACCGCUAAAGACGAGGGCAUGGAUUGCACACCAACAGGUUAGAUUCAAAUUUUCGCAUUUGAAGUGAGAAUUAAAGAGUGAAAAAGUUUUGCAGUACACUAUCUUUGACAAAUGACUAAGAUGCAACGUGAUGUAGCGAUGAAAACCCGGUUGCAAUGACGCGAUACCUAUGUCUGACAGAGACAACAUCAUCGUAGAUCUCAAACCAGCUGAGCGGCAUAUGAACACAAGAUAAACAGUCUGAGUUUUAAAGAAAAAACGUCUGUGGAAUCGUGAGAGGGAAAUUUUUCCACCAAAAUUAUUAAUAUAAACAACCAAAUAUUUCUUUUCAAACUGUGAAUUUGUAGUCGCUAAUCACCUUGAGAGAAAAUAAUUUGAGACGUCACCUGCUUGGAUUACCUGGCAACAUCUUGGUUCAGUUUGGCUAUCUAACACCAUAUUUUAAUCAAACCCUCUUACAUCUAACUGCGUUUGACAGGUGGUCUACUGAGGGUUUAAAAUCCUGACCCUGUUUAGGACAAAAUAAAAUCUUAAAUACAUUACCCUGUUUAGGACAACACUCUCAACUUUAUUACCCUGGUUAGGACAAAGGACAAACCCCGUCUCAAUUUUAAGCCAUUUAUUAACAAUUGCAAUACAGGAAAAUCACGUUGUAAAAUCACGUUUUGUAUACUUUGAGUACAAAAAAAUUUUAUCUGGCAAAUCAAAUCAAUCGUACAGACAAUACCCUGUUUAUAUUUAGGACAGAAACGCACGAAAUAGUACAUCCGGUUUUGGACAAACUCGCACGAAAUCAUUUAUGUUUAGAACAGAGAGGACAAAAACCUGAUAGCAUUAUUAGCGGCACAUCCCCAUAUAGGCCAUACUAGGGAGUACACUCCCUCGGGAUUUUACUUCAUUGGUAAGAUUGCAUAACUUUCAGACAAAUCGGUAUUGUAAAAUGGCUUCUAUGUUUCUGAAUCAUUUCUUAAAACCCACUUCAGUUUGCUGAUCAGAAGAGGUACUGUCGAUUCUAAUAGAAUCGACAGUUCGGAACAAAAAGUAAUGUAAUCGUUAUAUUGCAGACAAACUUAAUUGUGCUUUGUUUACAGAAACUACCAUUCCCUCAAGUUACUGUCUGUAAUCUUAACAAGAUUCGAUUAUCAAGAAUGCCGCCGAAAAUUUUGGAGGAGUUUCCUCAAAUACUAAGCAAAAGUAAGAUUAUUUAUUUAUCUAAAACCAUCCAUACCUUUUCAUUUACGAAAAUUUCUCACUUCUCUAUAAGGUAGGCAAUUAUAUUAUAAACACUCGCAGCUUUUAGUGUAAGUGAUCAGAGACUAUUUUUAUUUUACUUUAGCCCCGUUGCCUAUUUUACAAAUUCAAACCUAUCAAUUAAAAAUUAAACCUUCAUAUGCGGACUUGAUAACAUUUAUAUUUUUUAAAGAAGCUUAAUUAAGGGCUAUGUCUACUCGCACUUGAGAGUUAAGUAUACUUCCCCUCCUUGCACUUUGCAGCAUGACGAGUUAUAAUUAGCGGUUGCACUUUAACUCUAAUUUGCAGGGCCUUUGCAGCUCUGCCAUUUAAUAUUUGAUUCCUCAGAACGGGCGUUAUGUUUUCUCGCCCAGGCCAGCGAAAGCCAGCGCGAAGUGGGCGUGGAAAACGAGACAUGCGCUAAUUCGGCGCCUUCUUCCUCUGCGCCUGUAUCGCGCUCUACGCCCGUUUUAUGCCCUGGCUCGCCAGAAAAAAGCGAAAACAAAUAACGCCUGUCUUGCAAGCUAGCGUAGCGUGCUCCCUACGGCGCAACCUCUCAAGAGCCCUUACAUAUUCUGUUCACUCAGAAAAAAGUACUAUUCCAGGUGAAGCAUGCGCAGAAUCCGAUUCUGGCCCUUAAUCUUGUGUGACGGAUAUAUGAGGGUAUUUCUUUUCUUCUUUCCUUGAUAAAAACAACAACAAAACAGACGUGAACAACAGUGUGGUUAACAGGUCUCGGAUGGGUGACCACGAUCUUCCUCAUGGAGAUAUACUGAAAGAAAAGAUUGAGAAACGUCUUGCCGAAUACCCCGAGAGUGUUCUUCAGGAAGCCGGACAUCAACUAGAUGACAUGUUAUUAAAGUGUCAAUACGACAGUAGCAUGGAGUGUAUGUAAGUACGCAUCCCGAUCUCGGGUAAAGUUUCCUUUUCUGAUAAAUCUCGGAGUCCUUGUUCUUGCAUUUUGAAAGCAGAAAGCUUCCAAUCAAAGCUUAAAGUGUAACUGAUUAUUAUGCAACCAUCACAUAUCUGUCAUGUAAAUUAUACUUUAAACUGGAUGCUCUUAGACUAUCCCCAGUUUGUUUUCUCUUUGUCUGAGGGUCUCGACAAUCAAAGUUUACUGUAUCAGUCUCUCGGUCGGACCAGUCGUUAAGUCUGAAUGUGACACCAGUUACAAUACGCUGUCAAGUUUAUAGUAUUAGAACGAGUCUUUGUGGGCGACUAUAAUUCAAAAAAAACUUUCAAGAUUAAUUCGAGAUGACUUGUUUCUCUUUAUCCCACCCUGGCAACGAAGUGACUUCAUUCCUAUGGAGAUCACGCGAUUAAAUCCGUGUAUUAGUGACACUAGACCGACGCAAUGCAAUGUUUAUAUCGGUCAGAAGCGUUCCCAACCCACCCUUAAGCAUGUGCAUCACGUAUCACCAGCGAGCUCGCUGACUCCCGUUUUACCACCUUACUCAGUGCACUAGAUUAAACCUACGAAACGUAUUGUGUCGUGUGAAUCAACAACAUAUCCUUUUAAUUCGACCUGUCAGGAAAAAAGUGUAUUAUAAACGCAACGCGAUUCCGCCGUGUCAUAGUCAGUCCUGUCGCGGUCGGCUGUCACAGUGCGUUAGACUUUAAUUAUCGUCCCAUCAAAUUCGCGGUUUUGUUCACAAAAUCCAACAUAGCAGUCGAAUUUCUUGAUAGAAGCGUCAUAGUCCUAGCACUCCAAGUUUAUCCAACCGGAUAAAUUCUUUUCCCUUGAUACUUCGCUGACGCCAUCUACCAUUUCUUGAAAUUUUACAUUACUCUGAUAUACUCAGAGUUCAAUGAAGCGAAAGAUAAAUCCAUGAAAUCAAUAGGCUGAAAAAUCACUGUGACUUAGGUAUUACUCUACUCAACAACAACAACAACAACAACAUAAGCUUUAUUUGCAUGACUAUAAUUAUGUAGUUACAGUAUUGCAAAAGCUUUAAUAUAAAAAAAAAACAAACAAACAAACAAACAAAUCAUAACAAUGAUAAUGCAAUGAUGACUGUAGUCAGUCAAGUGUCAUCAGCAUGACUUGAUAACAAAUUAUUACGUAAAUCAGUAAGAGCUAGAUGUAUGGGCGGUCAAGGUUGAUGAACGGAACCCCUACCAGCGUACGGGUAAGGUUCUACUAGAGACUUUGCUUUGUUAACAUAGUUAUUACUAACUAUGGUAUAAAUCGGCCUUUAUAUAAUACUUAUUGACAGAGGUCAAUACAGGAAAAUCUCAGACCGAGGCCUUGAUGUAUUGACCGAGUGAUAAAUGGCAUUUCAUGUAUUGACCGAGCGAUAUAUAGCAUUUCAUUGUGGACCUGACCCUGCGAUUAAUUAAAACCAACAACUGGUCAGCCAAUAACUUUAAAAAACACGUCACCUCAAUCAGUUGUACCCUUUAGGCAGCGAUACAGUCAGGAGACCCUGAUCAGCGGAUACCCUUUUUGACAGCUGACAAUUGACCAUAACAUGGAUGUCCAUAAGGAUGUCCACUAUCAAGUUAAACACAGAUUGAACAUGCUUUGGACACCUAGCUAGUAAUUCCCGAAAAUUAGAAUAAAACAGCCAAUCCGAGAGCGCGCGUAUUAGCCAUAUAAUAAAUUUGUUUUAUACAAUGGUAGGGAUGACUUUCGCGACCUGUGGACUCAACUCUGGCAUCCAAAGUAUGGGAACUGCUUUUCAUUCAACCGUGGAAGAACUGGAAAUGGUAAAGCACUUCAACUGUUGACGUCAUCAAUUCCCGGCCAUGAUAACGGUAAGUAACAUAUCCUCACUGCAUACUCCUUACCUCACGGCGUAAUAUGCAUUAAGUGAUGGGAAAAGUCCGCGACUACUGAGGUAAUAGGCAUGCAACGAGGACAGACGCUGAAGCCGUUAACCAAGACCAGAGAAUUAUUGGUUGGGUAGCAAAAACUGACCGUGAUCCGGGAGUACUGAUCAUAAAAAUUGCCACGUUUUGGGCAAAGGGGCGAAAUUUAUAGUCCAGAGGCGCAAAGCAUUACAAUUGCUGAGCAUGCGCACUCUCGAGCAAAUGCGCGCAGAGUGCACAAAAAUCCUGGGAUGAGCUAAUCAAUUAUGCAGUGAGAAUAAAAGAGAUCAACUUAAAAAAAGAGAAUGGAACACGUUAUUCCACUACUGUUUUUAGGAGUAGUAUGAACUUCCUGUUGCAAAAUUUCUCUCCUCAAGGCGCCUUGGCUGUUUUGUGCUCCUUUUGACAAUGUAAAAAUUUUUGAGAUCAAGAUCUACCGAAAACGUAGUUGGAGCUGUUUCUUUAUACAUUUAGUCCCAAAUCAACCCCGUAAGCAGUAAAGCCUGUUCAGAAAAUAACAUGGUUGCAUCACUUCAGUUGGGAUUCUCAAGUCUAAAUAUCAGGUUUACCAUGUUUUUAACUUUUAACUGCAGUGUUGUUAUUAUUUAUUGUCUGAUUGUAAUUUUACUAGUUAAUUUCCCUGGUUAACCUGGUAAAUACAAGGUAACCACUCUAAAUACUGAAAAGCAGGGAGAAUGAGUUGUAAAUACACAUUUAUUGGUUAUUAUACUAGGUUUACAGCUGGAAUUAAACGCAGAGCAAUACGAAUAUGUAAGUGAACUAACAGAUGAAGCUGGUAUCCGAGUUUUCAUUGGAACACAAAACGUAAUGCCAUUUCCUUAUGAGCUAGGCAUAAGCGUAGCGCCGGGGUACUCUACUGGAGUAAUGCUUCGAAAGGUAAACGUAACCCCAGAAGGCUUUAAGUAAUAAUUACUUGAUAAUAGUAUUACUUUCUGAUUGGCUUAAUCCCCCAGCGAAUUCUUCGUAACCAGCUGGCGCUGAAGAAAUUUGAAAGAUGCAAGUAAUAUACCAUCGAUACAAUGGUAUAUUACCACCAAUAUAAAAUCGCAACCUCGUUUCCACGCACCCUUUCCGAUCUGCAUAAUUUUUUCAUAUCAAUUGCUCCUCCUCAUUCAAUAAUUACAGGAACCCCAAUAGGGUGCUCCUGAUAGCUUUUAAAUGUAUGUUCUUUCAAGUCCUCCAAAUUUGUAAACACACGCAAACAAAGGUGAUCUGUAAAUAUUUACAGUCGAAGUGCUGGUAAGCGACCACCUCGGAAAUCGGCUAGCCUGCAUAGCACACGUUUCCGUUUGGUUUCGGGAGCAAAGAGAGAUUUUCGGUUUUGGCCGCGCGAGAAAUGACGGCGUGCUUUGACAAUGGUGCAAAUCUUGAGAGACAUGAAAACAACUGCUCACAAACUUCGGUGUUAACAUCCUGAAAGAUACACAUAGAUAUGAUCAUUACAGUUAAAUACAUAUAAUAGGUAAGAUCUCGCUCUCUCUCCUCGUUCUUUGCUCCGAAAUAGCAAGGAAACGCUUGCUACGCAGGCUAGAAAUCGGCAAAAAAGUGGUCAUAACUAGAGCUGGUCGCUUACGACAAUUAGCCCACUUAAGCGACGGCAAGGUGAAACAAUAGAGGGUUGUCGCAGUACGAGAGAUUCAGAAACUCAUUAAUAAUUCAUAAAGAAAAAAUGAUGUUAAAUGAAUGUCUUUAUAUCUGACAUAGACACGACGAAACUUUACGUGCAUUUUUUUUAGACCUUUAGCGCGGUGUGCAGUUUCAUUUAAGUGUUGAUUUAUAUGAACAAGACUGAGAAGUCGCUGAGUGCUGGUCGCUUACGGGAACUUAAAAACAAAGGAAAAAACAACUAUAGGCAAUCAAAACCUUCAAAAUUUCUGGGUUGCAAAAAAGUUGAUGAGCUCAUACAUUCUUUGUAAAGUUUCCAGUUAUUCCAAGAGAAUUCCCCCGAAACUAUCCACAAUUGAUUGGACUCAAAUUUUUAGAUAUAUUCAGAGAAUUUAUUUAUUAAUUAUUAGUUUCAUUAGAUAAAUAAGCAUAUGUUUAUGAGGCAAAAUGUGAAUAAUUAAUGAUUCGCCCAUUGGAUCCUUUCAGAUUGUGAUUGGCAAGCUAGAUCCUUUUAACAAUGAUAGCUGUGAACCAAGAAGUGAGCUAGAGAGAGACAAUAUAUUUCAACGUUACGAUAUGUCCUACAGUGACUUGGUAAGGAGACUUCUUUGAAAUAAUGCCCUUCCUAGUAAACAGCACAAAAGACAAAGCAGUGCCGAAUCUAGGCCCGGAGAGGAUAACAAGUUUCAGUUUCCUUAUUCUUAAACAAAAGCAAGACCCACAGGGCCGAGGCACUUUGUCCCGGUCAGAAUAGAUAGCAGCUUCCGGGGACCCGCUUCGAGUUUUCAAAGCAAAAUGAGGUGCGAGAUUCGGGAUUGAAAAUAUCCGCGUGAUGCAGGAAGUCGAGUCGGGAUGACGGGAUUGUAGAACCCUUUUGGGGACCCUCAGUUCCCGGGAGUGGGGUAUUGCCAUAUAUGGGCUAUAUAGGUAUGUGCCGCUGUGAAGUGUAUGGUUUUCAAGCAGUUUGGGUCUAGAAUUAUAGGGUAUCAUUUUCCAGGAAACUGAUCAAUUGGUCGAAGAGUUUAGUCUAGACUAAGGAAACGGGAAAUUGCUACUCAAAAAUAUAAAAAAAUCGGAAUCGUUUUGGCUAGACUGUGAAAGUGACCUCAGUCAGUAGAUUCUGGAAUAAAACAGCUACUCUAGGAUAAUGGGGGGAUCUGGGGAGUUUAGUCUAGUAUAGGGUCGCAAAAUUCGCUUGAACUAGCUCUGCAUGGUAUUGGCUAAAGGUUCCAGGGUCCCAGCGCCACAUCUUCACCUAAAACAAACAAGUACCCCCCCCCCCCUUGCCUCGGUUCCCCACCUUAAUCUAUACAUCUGGCUGGAUCCGUCACUAAAAAGGAAUGCUAUGACGGCAAUUAAAGAGGCAGUGUACCAUAGAUUGAGAGCCAGAUAAAGUGUCUGUAUCAGUGGGCAUCAUUUAAUAGACAGUGUUCUAAUCUUGCUAAAGGUUACAAUAUUGCCAUAGUACGUAAAGCUGCUUAGCUAGGAGAUAGGUAGGAACGGAGUCAUGUAGCGGCGACCCUUGAACCUCCUCGUUGCUUAAUGAAGGGAAGGGAAGAAGUUGGAGAUAAGACAUCUUGAUGCAAUAAUUGCUGCAGUCUACAAACAAUAUACAAACAACGUAAAAUAACAAUGUUGUGAAAAGCCACCACAAAACACUAUGUCUUCUUCGCUAAGUUUGGGAUAGGAAUAGUUUUGUGGGCAGUCCAAACACUGUUUUAGACUUUUUAUAGCCUAAUUUUAAACCGAGGAGAGCUGGUUCUGAGUCCGUUUAUCAUAGGAUAAACAACACGAAACCAGAUAGUCAGAAACAGCACAUUGAGGUUAGGAAAAUCUCAAGUUUGGUGUCAGUUGGGCCAAUAUUGAACAAGAUAAGAGCUAUUUAGAUACUUGAAAAUGUAUUAACAGAUAUGGAUUGCCGAAUACAACGUUAUUCUGUAUUAAAUUUUAGCGUUUUUGAAUGGCUGUAUCUCGUUCAAUGUAGGUCCGAUAAACACAAAAUUUGAGAAUGUUUUUAACCUCAAUGUGCUAUUUCUGGCAAUGUGGGGUCUCGUUUUGUUUAUCCCAUAAUAACCCAGCCCCAAUUCUGAUUGGCUAAAAGGACACGCAUAAUUCACCAUAACCAGUGUUACUGAUGACCAAAUUUGGAAGAAUUGUGUGUUUAACGACGAAAUGACGUCAAAAGUGCAGCCCGCUACGGGUUAAUGUACCGUUAACCGAGAAGACAUGGGGCCGAGGUUGAGUUGUUUUGGUGGUGAAAACUAAAAUAGUGGACACUUCUCUCGUUUCAAGAAUAAGAACUACAGCUGGAGCUAGGCGAAAUAAUGGCUAAAAACAUAGCAAAAAAACAGCAAGAAGACAACUCGGAGGGCGACAUCUGCUAGUUGUAGAAUAUUUUCGGAGCUGGACAAACCUAAACGUACACUAUCGAAGAUAAACUUAACGAGGCAGGCAAGCAUGUUUUAGGUAUGUUUUUAAACUAGGAAUUAUUUUGAAUGAAUGAUAAAGGAUAACACCCUCCUCGAUCAGCUUAAUUCUUGAUAUCCUCCUACUCAGCCUCAUUCAUUAAUUGCCAAGUAUGCAGUCUGCAUUUGUCGUUCACGAUGUCAUUUAUAUCUUCUAUCUUAGGCAUGCAAGAUUUCUUGCUUGGCAACAUCAAUGAAUAGUAAAUGUGGAUGCGUUUAUUACACACUAAAAUAUCACCAGUCCCAUGAUGUUUGCGAUGGAUCUGACGUAGAAAAAAGUACGUUUACUUUACGGCAAUACUCUGGUAAAAACAACGCAACAAAAAAUAAUUUAUUCCAUCCAAUAGAGAAUACUGCCAAUCAGACGGCUGGGAAGGCCGAUAGUAUUCAGCGGUACUGCAUAUAUUAAUAAUUUCAACAUUGAUUUUUUUCCGCUGUGGUCAAUUGACCGGGAAAUGACCUUCUUCCAGUUUAUCUGAAUUUUCAGCUUAAUUUUGGUCCCUGUGCCAGUUCUACGUACACUAAUGUUGACUUUACAUGAGCUCUGCUGACCUGUUACGUUUUUAUGCAGAAUUAAUAAAUAUUUUCUUUUGCACUGAACAUUCCACAUUUCAGUUGCCUGUGUUAACGACGCAUACGACGAUUACUCCGAUGGUAAAUGUGAGAAUAAUUGUCGGCAAAAAUGCAGGUAGGAAAUAAUGUUUUGAAAUUAGCUAGUACCAUUACCAUUUCCUUACAACUAAAAACUGCGUUAUGAACUUAAUCAUAUUGAUUUCCAUUUAUGACUUUAUUUCGUGGCCUCAUCUUUUUAUUUUGAACCCUGAAUUAGCCUUUAUUUUGACCCGUUAAGAUAACUAAUUAUAGCGUUUUUAAUCAGGUCAGAAGAUUUCAAGAUGACCGUUUCUGCAGCGAAUUGGCCCUCUGAGCAUUCAAAGGUAAAGAAGAAAAUUUUGCUAAGCUUUUCGUAUCUCUUUUUUGCGACUAGGCCUCCAAUUUUCGUUUACGGCACCUAUUUUCUUAUUUCACAGAAGCAUCUGCGAGAUAUCCUUAAAUCAGAUGGACUUGGUAAUCAUUCCAAUGAACUUAAGUAAGUAUUGAACGAGAUGAUACAUGAUGGUUUAUUUCAUAGUGGUUUACUUAGUUGAAACCUAAAACAGAUUUGAGUGAAAAGAAAAGAAAUAUAAUACCCACAGGUGCAAUCGGCGGUAGCGAGUGGGUCUCCUAUUUUGCUUCAUUGUCUCACAAAAAAAUCAUUUUGAGCUUCACUAAUAUUAUUUUUUUUUUGUGAGUGUGUGCAAUUUCUGUCAAUGACUUUUUUAUCCCUUAUUUGUCGCUUUGUUUCAAUUUUACAAAUUGACCAAUUUUUCAUUAGAAAGAAAAAUGGAACAAUUUUUAUUCUUUUCUUUUGCAGUUUAAACUUUCUGAAAUUGAAAGUAUAUUACGGGCAGCUAAACUUUGAAGUUCUAGAUGAAGAGUAUGCAUAUACUGUAAGGAACUAUUCAUUCUAAUUUCUCAUUAUUCAGGCAAAUCCUAGUCUCCUAUUGCUGCCGUUCUUUGUGUGGUCACGCAAAGCUCUCCUCACAAACAGGAAAGAGGAGAGUCGGGGGAAACGUUGCGUGAGCGUUGCGUGCGUGUCAAUACAAAAUGGAGGCAAAUCACUAAUAAGGAAGUAACAAAUAAAUUUAAGAAAUACCCUGUUGAGUGGUACGUCCCCGUUGUAGCCCCAUUCUAAUCACGGAAAUUAAGCGGCUUAAGUUACGACAACGGCGACGGUAAUAAGGACGGCUGAAAGGCAUUAGGUUUAGAUUCUUGGCAAAACAACAACUCUGCACGCUUUUUUGUGCAUUUCUUUGUAGUCUCUGCAUGACGUAAAAGAGCAUAAUUUCACAUUUUGUAGAGGGCGUGAUAUGAACACUGGGGCAACGAUUUUCUUUUUCUUUUCUUGAAUUUCAAGACAGUCUUUUAGAAUUCAACUCCAGGAAAAUUUGCCAAAAUUUGACGAAUUGCAUUGACCGAGAUGGAAUACACACGAUAACGUUGGAGACAGCGUGAAUUUACAAGUUAGGUGACGAUUUCGUAGCCGUCGCCGUUGUUGUUGCUUACUGGCUCCCUAAUAUGGAUGUACUGAUACAGAUCCUGGUUGAUGUUUAAUAAGCGAUUAGUUGAUUAAGGUAACCUUUUAAAUCUCACUGAGGCCUUGUUCGCAUUAGGACGAAAAAUAAUCACCAAUUUUUCGUUUUUGCAACCUUGUUCGCAUAUGAGACGCGAAAUUUUUCGUAUGAGCAGAAAGGUCAAUUGAAGGAAGUUUUUUUGGAGGAUGACCUGACGAGGGACAGCUGUCAAUGAACAAAGAAUUUUCCUGUCUGACAAAAAAUUGUCGGCCUCCAAAGUUUCUCGACGGGACCUUUGAAGUUUGGUAACAGCUGGCGAUUGCGAAAAUUUUUGUACGGAACCCUGUUAAUACGAUCACCAAUGGGCCAAAAACAUUUGGCCGUAUUAACGAGGUGACCGUAUUGACGAGGGUUUUUCCAAAUAAAAUGAAUGGUCGUUUUGCCGGGCGGCAAAAAGAAGUGGCCCCAAUAACGAGGUGACCGUAUUACCGAAGUGGCCGUAAGGCGCGGUUCCACUGAAGGUGAAAAAAAAUCGUUCGCACUAGAAAUGGCUACCUUGUGGCAGAUUAUAUUUGUAAAACAAACAAACUUUUGUGAACAGGGCCUAUGGCGGAGGAGACUAAAGAAUAGCACAAGGGGUGACACUGAAGCAGUUGUUAUAAGUAGACUGAGGUAAAAAAGGUAAAGGCGCCCACGAGCCAAAGAACCAAAUGGCCUGAGCUUAUUCCGGGUUUCCUUAACAAGAAGCAUUCCUAGGAGUAAUGCUACACCCCUGGACGGAAUGCUAGUCCAUCGUAGGGUUACCCCCAGCAUUAUGUCGCCGGUAUCCAUUUAUACACCUGGGCCGGGUCGUUCAAAGCUGAGUUAAGAUAAGCCAGGGUUAGUACGAAAUUUAAAUUCUGAUAUGAAAGCUUAAAAAGCAAACUCGUUUAAUUCUUUUUGUCUGCACUUUGGUGGUUGGAUGCUCUAGAAAACUGAGAAAAUUAUUCGAGAAAAAGAAAGGUGGAUUGGAAUUAAAACCCGGGUAAGCGCUAAUCCCAUCGGCCUUCAAACAACAGCGCCCUGGGUGAAGAGAGACAAAGGAGAGUAAAGUUCCUUGUCUAAGGAAACAACGCGACGGGCGAGGCUUGAACCCCGGCCCUCCAGAUCCGGAGCUGGAAGCGUUAACUGCCCAGCCAUACACGCCUCCUCGAAGGGUUUAAGUACAGUUAGUUAAUAUCUCAAAUGUUUCUUGACAUCAACAGUUUGCACGCUUUCUGUCCGACAUUGGUGGCAUCAUGGGAAUGUGGAUUGGUAUCUCAGCGCUGACGUGUGUGGAAGUACUCGAGCUGAUGAUGUCACUGUGCUACACUGUUUUGAGGAAGAUUAAAGGGAAAAGUGUUGCUGUUCUACACGUGCAACCUAAUGAUAGUCCUGCUUAG